GGGUAAUACAGAAAGUUCCUGCGGUGGUAAAGGGCUCACUGUAUUAAUAUUACUUUUACCAGUGUCUUUAGAAUGAUUUCUUUAACCUCUUGAAUGGAUUCAUGGAUAGACUGAAAAGACACUAAAUUCUGAGUAAUUUAUACAUAUUUUCAUCACAUUUAAGUCAUAGUAAAAACACACGGGGAAAAAAAUCAGAUAGAUACAUAGUUUAUGGUGCACAUUUUAGUCUGAACAAUAAGUGCAUUGUAAUUGGAAAGUGUGAGAAUAUAAAGAAACUACUUAACUACUCCUUUUUCAGUACAUAGUUAAACAGGUGUCAUGUACAAAGGUAUGAGGAAGUACACAUCCAACUCAACUACAACCACCCAAACAUUUAUUCAACAAGAUGACCAUGUUCAAUGCAAUUGCACUUACUCUCUUAGGAGCAAUUUGUAUCUCUGCACAAGGAAGUCAUAAGCUGUGUCACACUACAUCGUGUUUUAAAUCAAGCGGUCAAGUUAUUGUCACGUUUGAUGGUGAUGAACUCUACCAUGCAGACUUUAAAAAAGAAGAAAUUGUUUGGGAAAGCAGAGUCCCUACUUCUUUUCAUUUUGUUCAUGCCUACCAGUAUGCAGUCUAUGUGAGACACAUGUGUAAACACUUCCUUAAAAUAUGGAAAGGCAAAAAAUCAGCUCCUACAACUGCAGAAGUACCUGAACUCAUCGUCCACUCUAGAAAUGAUGUGAUAGAACAGAUAGAAAAUACUCUCAUCUGCUUCAUCAACCAUUUCUUCCCUCCGGUCAUCAAAACAAAGUGGACCAAGAAUGGAAUAGAAGUAGAAACAGAAGAUUCCUUUCAGGCAUUUAUUCUCAACCCAGAUGGCACCUUUCAUUUGUUUUCCACACUGAGUUUUAUUGCAAAAGACGGUGACAUAUAUGGCUGCACUGUGGAACAUGAAGCACUGACGGAACCUAAGACCGAGUUUUUUGAGGUCCACUCCAAUCAAACAGAUAAUCAUUCAUUUGUCUAUUGUGGAAUAUGCCUGACUGUUGGAUUUCUGGGAAUUGCUGUGGGAACUUUUUUUGCUGUUAAAGGAAACAAGUACCAGACAAGCUAGAACCAACAUGGAGCAUUUAUUUAGGCACUUGGGACAUUUUACACAAGAGGAAUCAUCUGUUCAUUAAAUGCAUUUUCUCUGUCAGUAUGUCUCUGCACAGAUAACAACAUGAUAUAAUAAUAUGCACUCAUGAUUAAUGUAGAAAACAAAUGGUGCAUUUUUAAGUUUAGAAAGAUUGUGCACCUCCAGUGGUGCACAUGAGUAUCAGUGUGUGGAGAUUUACAUUAGCAUCAUAAACAUAAAGUUGUGGGGAAAAAAAUUAUUAGAUCACCCCUUGUUUUCUUCCAUUUCUUUUUUAUUUUAAUGCCUGGUACAACUAAAGGUACAUUUGUUUGGACAAAUAUAAUGAUAACAACAAAAGUA